CUGUUCACUGAGACGUCACAACUCUUCUCAGCUCAUCAGUACGGAUCAAACAUUAGUCAUUCUUCACAGAGGAUGAAGAAUGUCUUCUCGCAACAUGUUGGACGCCAUAGUUCUCUCCCACUGAGGCACUGCUGAAUGGGUCACCGUGUGGCAUUAAAGAAGGGAAAAAAGGCCAAUCAGAUGGUUGGGGGAAAAAAAGAAGAGCAGCAGCUUCCUGGAGGCCUGUGGAGACAUGCAGAAGUCCAAGCACCGGGAGAACUGGCCAUGCGUGACGCACACUCCUCAGGCUCCUCUUAAACUUUUGGAAGCAAAGGGUAAAGAGUGAAGACCGGCUGACAGAUGUUGCCAUGGACGCCCCAAAGAGUGAAAUGUCAUUCAAAGUGUUCGCUUCACAGGUCCUAUGUUUAACGAUGGAUCACGCCUUUGUAGCUCGGUCCAUGUGGCCGGUUGACGGUAAAUUCGUGCAGCAUCCCACCGAGCUUCACACCAGCGUGGUGGUGACGCGCAGCAUCCCCGCUGGGACCAGCUUCGGUCCGUGUGUGCUCCAACACACUUUUUACGACACCAUCGCUUUCAUCGCGCAGAAAUCCACUGACAGGAGAUCCAAAUCCUGCGUAUUCAGGGUGGACCCAGAGGCCAUGCGUAAUUCCGCGUUGGUACUGUCGUGGCUGCGACUGGUGCAGGCUGCGCGCAACGGAGAGGAGCAGAACACCGAGGCCUUUUUAAAAGGAGGUCAGCUCUACGUGCGGACCACCAGAGACGUCCACCAGGAGGAGGAACUGCUGGUGUGGUACGACCAGGAGCUGUGUCAUCUUCUGAGCUUCACAGACACGAGGAGAGGCUCGAGUGAGGAGUUCAAAUGUGUCAGGUGUGAGCAGGUGUUCAAGAAUGAAUAUCCAUUCCUGGCUCAUUGCCGCUUCCUGUGCACGCAAAUCAAGAGCAAUGCGUGGAGCCGCGAUGUUUACGACGAGCACAAGCACGUGGAAGUCAAGAGGCCGCGUCGUGUAACAGAUUUCCACAACAUCGCCAGAGAUUUGGAACACAAAAAAAGUGAUGCUGAUGAUGAUACUUCUCACGAGAAUAAACGGAAAUACCAGGAAACUGUUUACCUCAAGGGGAGGAAAACAGUCCUGUUGGAAAAAACUAAUAUUUCAAAUGAUGACAACAUUACACAGGAUUCCAGGAUUCAGGAUGAGACUGGAGGAGAUGAAUCUGAUUCAGCUUUUAAGAUCAAAGGUGACAGAACCAAAGUAGAUCAUUUGGGAUGUAAAAAUGCAACUUUUGGAGAGGCGAGGGAAGCCAAACUGACUAUUACGCAUAAUAUGUUGAUGGACUCGGAGACAGGAGAGAGCUCUGGUCUGCGCUUGAGCAGUGGUAGCGCUUUUUCUUUAGUCCACUCUGACUGUCGAGAACAGAGAAGUGCUUUUUGUAAACCCAGUAAAAGGAUCUCUGCAGGCGAACUUCAUCACAGUAGCCCAACGACGGCACUUCUAAGCGGCCUGGAGGUGAUGAGAGACACCUUCACGCACAGGACUGUUUCAGGAUACAGCAACCUGAUGGGUCCUAGCAUCCUUAGCGGUGACGUUCACACGCUUCCUUCCCCGGUCACACUAAACACGGCCUUCCAUUACACACCUGAACACUGGUCGAGAACCGCUCAGGUCCAGUCCACCUCGGCUCUGACAGUCCUCCCGCCCACCUUCACCUCCUUUGGUGUGUCGGUGCAAAACUGGUGCGCGAAGUGCAACCUGUCUUUCCGCAUGACCUCUGACCUCGUCUUCCACAUGCGCUCGCACCACAAGAAGGAGUUCGCUGCAGAGUCCCAGGUGAGGAGGAGGCAGGAGGAGAAGCUCACCUGCCCCAUCUGUCACGAAUACUUCCGAGAGCGCCACCACCUGUCCAGACACAUGACGUCCCACAACUGAGACCUCAAAUGGCAAAAGAAAAAUGUAUUUAUUCUUUAGGCUUCUCUAUUUAAAAGUCUUAGAAUCCUGGAUUCACAACAAGACUUCGAUGUUUAACAAUGAAUGUAGGUAGCUGUAAUAAAAUAGCAGAUGGCUAACACAGCCAUGUCCACUAGGGGACGGCAGAGGUACAUGGACCCUGACCUCGAAGCCGCUUGUCUGUCCUUCAGGCCUGUGUGCAGAUAGUGUGAUGAUGACUUUGUGCCUUAAGGAACUCAGGAUGGAAAAUAGAUGGGAGAUGUUCAGGACAGCUCAUGAUUGUCACGCAUAUCUCCAAGGCGUCCUCUUAUUAUUAUUAUCCAUCUGCUUUGUACAUGCAAUGUGUGUGUUUGCACCUUUACAAAUCGAACUUGUCAACAUGAAAUAAGAUGUGUUGCGUGUUUUUAAAUUUUUUUUUAAUAUCCAUCUUAGUUUUGGAUUUGAAUAAUAAAUCAUUGCAUCUCUAAGAACCACCAAUAGGACGAAUUAAAAUUCGGGACACCUUUCUUAACUAACACACUGCUCUAAUUGUUAUGAUGUGGCACAGAUCUAAAACAACCUGUACCAAAAUGCUGAAAAUAUAUUAACUUGAUAAUACAUUUAUUAGGUCUGCCUCAACCUUAAUGUGAUGAGGUCCUGGGUUAAAAUUUCACCUCUGGCCUUCCUGCGUGGAGUUUGCAUGUUCUUUUUGUGCUUAGAAAUAGAUCCCUGUUUAAUGCAGUGCAAUUCUUCACCAAACUACAACUACAAUAAUAGACACAUUUUAUACGUCUUUGAGAGUAUCAAUACAAACUCUGCAUUAACUUUGUAAAUGUAGAUUUUUAUUUUUAUUUUGUAUUUUUUAGCUCCUUAUUGGAAACCAAAAUACUGUAUGUACUGGGUGAUGUCCGUUACAAUCUGAUGCUCUCAUUUUACCACAAAAAAUAUGAAAAAGUAAAUUGACAUAAGGUGAAGUUGAAACAAUCCUGAUUUCCGGCCAGCGUAACUAGGCCAACUUCUGGGUUAAACAGUUUAACAGUGAUCAUUCAUCUGCACACCUGAAUCAAAUCAGCACAGGCCCACAGUCGUAUAUUUAUAUAUAUUUUUAUUUCUUCUCCUUUACCGGCGAGAUUACAGCAGGCUGCGGACAAGUGGACAUAAAUAGGGGCCUCUGUGUCAGGUAAAUGAGGCAGGAAGGAGGCCUUAGUUUGAAGGGAAAGUUAAAUCCUCCAGCCUGUUCAGUGUCUCUUAUAAGAUGUAAAGUUUAUAUAGAACAGUUGGCGCUCACUGAUUUGUUGUACUACAACACUGAUAAGUUGAUUAACCAGCCAUGGAGUUUGUUUCCCCUUUUUAUGAAAAUAGAAUUGGUCACAGAUGCUUUUACUGAGGAAGAGCAUUUGGACAUUAAUGCCCAUCCAUCGCUCUUAGUGCAACGAGAGGAGAAAAUCCCACAAAAUACUCCAAAACUGUACCGCUAUUUAUUGGCAUACUUCUCCCUCAUCAAUAUUGUUUUCGGAAUAGUUCAAAUCUAAAUGUUGUUCAGUAUCAAGUAGGUUUUUUCACAUCGUUCUGUAAAUUAUAAUUAUAGACUAAGGUUUUCGUUAUUAAGUGGUUAAUCAGCUUCAUCCUAAUUUCUCUGAGCUCAGCUACCAUGUGAGGUAUUAGCAUUUCAGCCCAGACAGAGAAUCCUCUGUGGGCCUACAAUGGCUUUAUUUCUCUUUGUUAAUUGAGCAGUCAUUUUGGGGGAAAAAAAACAAAUAUUUUCUUCUGGUUUCUGACUUGGCUCAUUUCUUCUGGCUAAUAAAUAUUGAGUUCUGAA